UUUGUCUCAGGCAUGGUGCUUGCACAGGCCCGGCAGCAGGCGCAGAAGGCAGUGGCCAUGGCCGGCGCCUCGAUGGCGGCCACGGGCAUCCACGUCCUCGGCGGCGCGUACCUCAUUCCGACACUGCGCCUCCACGCGCCUGUCCGCGUCAACGGCGAGUACGACAUGCGCCGGCUCGUGGAGCAGUCGCGCACGAACUGGAACCUCCGGGGGCCUGUCAUCCUCGACUUGGCCAACGUGAGCUCGAACGGGUCGCCGCACAACUCGCCGAUCCGGUCCUCGGAGCUGCGCUCGCUCAUUUACGCCCUCCGCAGCGAGAACCUCCAUCCGAUCGGGAUCACGAACGCCAGCGAAGACAUCAAGGCGAUGGCGUGGAAGUCGCUGCAGGUGCCGAGCAUCAUUAGCACACGCCUCGAAGACGAUGGCGACUACGAGGCAAGCGACGCCAUGAACCGCGUCGCAAUGCAUCAACUCAUGGAAGAGGCAAUGGGCCACGAAGAAGCAGCGCAGGCCAUCAUCGGCGAGCGCCUCGAUACACCGUCGGCCCCUGCCGAAACCCCGGUGGUUGCCGCCAUCGCAUCGACACAGCGGGGUAUGAUGGUCGUCGAAGGCUCCGUUCGCACGGGGCAGCAAGUCUACGCCAAGGACCAAGGGCUCGUCGUCCUCGGCUCGGUCAACUCGGGCGCCGAGGUCCUUGCCGACGGCGACAUUCACAUCUAUGGCACACUCAAGGGCCGCGCGCUCGCCGGUAUUGGUGGCAACACGGACGCCAAGGUCUACGUGCAAAAGUUCGACGCCGAGCUCAUUUCGAUCGCCGAUACGUUCACGACGUGCGACGCCCUCGAGGCGCGCGAGAUUGGCCACGUGGUCGACGACAAGCCCACAAUCGUGUGGCUCGAAGACGGCGCGCUUCAGUUCAAGUCGGUCGUGCCCGGUCCCUAAUUUUCGCCUCCAAUUUCUACCAACUCGUACAUAUUUCUUGCAUUUUGUACAAAUAUUUUUUGAUUGAAAGUCGCCGUCG